UGUGUGCUAUAAAACACAGCAGGAGCGAGACCCGACGGUGGUCCAGCUCCGUGCUAAAAUGAGGCCUUCAACAACCGGCACGCUUGCCGCGUCCCUGCUUUGCGCCGUGAUGGCACUGACUGCAGUUGAUGGACAAAUCCUGGCCAACAGUUCUUGCCCUGGCAAUUGGACUGCUUCGGGGAACCGUUGUUUCCGCCUCCUUCCCAAUCACAUGACUUGGUCUACAGCUCAUAAACAAUGUCAGCACAUGGGGGCCAACCUUGCAUCAGUACAUGACCAAAGCGACGUAGACUUGAUCCAGCGCUUGGCGGGAACCCUGACCUCCGUGUGGCUCGGAGGCUCGUCUUGUCAACAGACAAACAUGUGGUUCUGGUGGGACGGAACAGAAACGGACUUUACAUACUGGUGCCCAGGUUUCCCAAAAGAAAAAUACAACGCAGAGGGGUGCUGUCUGCAUAUUUCUUUUAAAGAUGGAAAUUGCUGGGAAGAGAAGGCCUGUAACAACUUGCUCUCCUCCGUCUGUGUCAUGAAGCGUACUUAACUGCAGAAGUGCCGGGCACAGAGCCGUCGAGUGCAGAAAGAAUUGAAAUUCAGACAUUAUGUGAAUACAUGCAACUUGUCAACAA